ACCAAACGGGCCCAAAGUGAAGUCUGGGCCUUUAGCUGUUCGGCCCAUCAAAGGCACCAGCUUCAGCAUCAACGCCUCCGCUGCCGUCGCUCCGGACUCACCGCUAGGUUUUUCCUCCUGCCGCCGCCUCCCAGACCGUCUCCUCCGCCCCAGCCGGGAUGCCGACGGUGAGCGUCGGCCGGGAUCGUCUCUUGGCUGCCAUUGGUCGAACCUACACACAGGAGGAGUUCGAGGCGCUCUGCUUCGAGUUCGGCAUCGAGCUGGACGAUGUGACGACGGAGAAGGCUAUUAUCAGGAAGGAGAAGCACCUCGAGGACGACAGUGAGGUGGACGAAGAUGACGAGGUCAUCUACAAGAUAGAGGUUGCCGCCAACAGAUAUGAUUUGCUAUGUCUUGAAGGACUAGCAAGAGCUCUUCGUGUUUUCACUGGGACUGAAGCAAGCCCUGUAUUCCAAGUUUCAUCAAUCCCUCGGGGUUCAAUGCUUCAGAUGCAUGUUAAACCAGAGACUUCAAAAAUUAGACCGUACAUAGUUUGUGCUGUCCUAAGAGGGGUAACUUUUGAUGAAGCAAGAUACAACAGCUUCAUUGAUCUUCAAGACAAACUCCACCAAAAUAUCUGCCGGAAGAGGACACUCGUUGCUAUUGGCACCCAUGAUCUGGACACUCUGCAAGGACCCUUCUCAUAUGAGGCUCUACCACCGAAUGAAAUCAAUUUUGUCCCAUUAAAGCAGGAGAAAAGCUUCAGAGCCGAUAAACUGAUGGAAUUCUAUAAAUCAGACAUGAAACUGAAGAAAUUCUUGCAUAUAAUUGAGAAUUCUCCAGUGUACCCAGUUAUCUAUGAUAGCAACAGGACUGUAUUAUCAUUACCUCCUAUCAUUAAUGGCGCACAUUCAGCUAUCACCCUUGCAACAAGGAAUGUCUUUAUUGAAUGUACAGCUACUGACCUUACCAAAGCAAAUAUAGUUCUGAAUACAAUGGUUACCAUGUUCUCUGAAUAUUGUGAGACUAAAUUUGAAGUGGAACCUGUUGAAGUGAUACAUCAUGAUGGAAGGAAAACAGUUUACCCUGAUCUUUCAUGUUACAAAAUGGAUGUUUUGUUAUCUGACAUUCUUGGGCCUAUUGGCAUCUCCCAGGACGAGAAACAGGUUGUCUGUCUUUUGAAUAAAAUGCAACUGCAAGCUGAAAGUCACUCCUUGAAAGGGGAGGCUCGCAUUUCAGUGUCUGUUCCUCCAACAAGAAGUGAUAUUCUGCAUGCCCGUGAUUUGUCAGAGGACGUUGCUAUUGCUUAUGGAUUCAACAAUGUGCCAAAAUCAAAGCCGAAGUGUAUGACAAUAGGAGGAAGGCAACCAUUAAACAGAUUCUCAGAUAAAAUUCGUGCUGAGGUUGCAAGAGCUGGUUAUAUGGAGGUGCUCACAUUUAUCUUGUCUUCACACGAAGAGAACUUUGACAUGUUAAACAGGACAGAUGACAAAAGUAAAGCAGUCAUUAUUGCAAACCCUCGCACUUCUGAAUUCGAGAUUUUUGAAGUUGGUGAUGUUGUGAUGCUGGACUCGUCACGUGAUGUUGGUGCCUCUAAUAAUCGCAGGCUUGCAGCUUUGUACUGCAAUAGGGUUUCUGGAUUUGAGGAAAUUAUGGGAUUGGUGGAUAGUAUUGUCAAAGUUGUCAGAGCUCCACAUGUUAACUUUGGCGAGAAUUACUAUGUACCUACAGAUGAACCUGAGUUCUUCCCGAAAAGACAAUGUAAAAUUGUGACAAGUGAUGGCAAGCAAGUUGGCUACUUAGGAAUUGUCCAUGCUGAGGUCCUAAGGAAAUUUGGCAUUCCGGAUCCCUGCACUUUCGUUGAGAUGGACCUCGAAGCACUGUUGUAAUGCAGUCAACCUGAAACAAAGGAAUGCUUGAAGCUGAUACCUCAUACCUGCCACAUAUUGGUUUUGUUCGUAAGCAUGGUGGGGUACCAGCAAGAAGUGCAUAUUACCCAAGCUGCAGUAUCUCGAUGUACUUCUCAAUUGCAUUGGAUUUUGCUGUGGGAAAAAAGGGUACAACGAUACAGCAAAUACCCAGCCUAAUUUUUGUGUUAGGGAUUAUGUUUGCAUUGUAAGGGCUUAUUCCUAUCCAACUUUCUAUGAAAAGUGUACCGUACAUCCUUUUGUAAACCAUCGCGCGUCCAAAAGUUAUUUCUCAACUCUUGUCACCUCCACAUGAGGUCACCAUGAUGUAAAGCAGGUUCAGAAUAUUAGACCUCUAAUAUCUCCUUGUGUUUGUGAAUGGCAUUAAAAUUUGACAUUAAGGAUUGUUUGGUUUAUAAAGACUAAUUUUAGUCCUUUUAUUUUA